AUGUGCACCGAUCUCAAUAUUUCCAUCGUCAUCAAUCGCAUCGUCACGGGAGGAGGAGACGCUUCACUUGCGGCGGGACAACAACAAGCUGCCUUGGAACCCAUUCGAAAUGACAUACGACAACUUUUGGAUCAGGGACAUAUCGUGUUUGCCAACUAUCGACCGCACCGGAUCCAACCGGAUCCCACGACACGUCGUGCCAACGACCAAAGCUGGGGUCCAACAAGACUGCAGGCUGUGAAAAAGGGAUGGUUUGCGAUCUUUCCCAGCAGUAGACUGAGCUAUCUAGAUCAACUCGAAGUUUGGUAUUUGCAGGAUCUCAACUCGUCCUUUCUGGCAAGAAAUGAGUGCUACUUGGAUUAUGGGAUGGAAGAAGUGGAAGCUUAUGUAUGCAACACGCUGGCAUUGGGAGAUAUCGAGCGACUGUAUCCGCUGACCAUGGCGCAGGUAGAUCCGCAAGCCUUUUGGUCCGCCAUCCUUCAUGUGGACAAACACUGUGAAGUACUAAAAUCGUUGCGUCCAGGGGACAACGAAUUCCAAGAGCAAUGGGAGGAGAUUCGCAAAGGAGUACAGCUCAGUAGGGUGCUGUGGAAAAAGGUUGCCGGUGCGUCCACAUGCCCCGGGAGAUUGCCAGACGCUGUAAUAGAUGGAAAUGGUUCUUCCACAGGUUGGGGCAUUCUUGAUUCGGAGGACCAGCACAACAAAGUUGCCGAAGGUUGUGCCCACAUUGCUGUGCUCAUGAUGUUGGAGGCAGCCGAAGUGGAGGCGGGGAAAGAGUUGUUAAAGCCCAUGAAUGUUCACCUGCUGGACAUCCCAAUGGGCGAGCCAGCUCCGCCAAUCCACAAGUUUGCUGUCUUGCUCCGAUCACUCUUUUGCCGUGAACAGAAUGAGUUGGAAUGUGGAGGACAAACAGUAUUGCAUGCAAGCGAUCGCAAAAGAUUUCUCAUGGGCGUUCUCGAUGAAAUGGGAUAUGCGAGCAGUGACUUGAACUACAGUAGUGUCUGCGGUCACUGUGGCAACAACUCAUCGGAAGCGGACCGUUUAUCAGUCUGCAGCAAGUGCCAAGGUGCUGCGUAUUGCAACCGAGAGUGCCAGAAAUGUGAUUGGAAGAAACACAAGAAAGAGUGUAGCUCCUCUUUGGCCCAGCAUAAAAGAGCCGUGCAUCAGCUUGCUGCCAAGUAUGAGCUACUAUAA